AAUGGACACUGUUACUCUGCUCUAUGUCUCCCUCGUCUUUCCCUGGACAUUUGCCAAGUUUACCACAACAGAAGGGAGGGGGAAGAGGAGAGCACACAAAGCGUAGAGCCAUUGACGGGGAGAGCGUCAUGCAAAAUGCAUGAGACACCAGAGAGGAGGAAGUGAGCAGAUGCAUUUUUUUCUGCAGGUUUUUUUGUUUUAUUUUUUUUAAUCCAUCUUCUAAAGUCUUCAUCCACUGGUCCAUUAUAUUCAAAGUAAAGGUGAGAAGAAAUUAGGUGAGAGAGGAGGAUCCAGGAAGGCAACAAGAAGGGGGCUGGGCUUCUGACUGAUCCUGACCAAAGGGAGUUGACUUUUCUCUGUGGACUUUUUGUUCAGUGCUGCAGCGUUUAUCUACUGCAGCUCUCGGGGGGGACACUUAACUGUGCACUAACUCUAUCCUCAGCCGGUCCUUCAGCAUGCCGAACAUACAGGAAGAGUGCAGUGAACAUGAGGAUGUCCUUGGAGGAGGUGAUGGUGGCUUAAAAGUGAGGAGUGGAGUGCUUUCAGAGAUGACAAAUGGAGUAGAGGAAAAUAUACAGAAGGAGUCACUGAUGAUGGAGCUGACCAGGCUGGUGCAGAAGGUGAUGAAAGAGAGUAGCUGGUGGGAGAGGAGGGGAGUGGACUGCAGCAUCCUGACUGCAGCGUUCCUCUGCCUUCCGCCUGCUUUCCUGCUGCUGGGCUCACAUCAUUUGUUGUGGUUUUUAUUGGGAAUGCUGUUGAUGGGCGUAGCUCAUGCUGUCAUCACAGUCAAAGGGACACAUCUGGCCAGCCACGGGGCCCUCAGUGAGUCGCAGACCUGGGGAAAGUUCUGGUCCAUCUUCUUCAUUGAGAUCUGUGGCUCAUUCUCAGCCCAAGCCGGCAUACAUGGCCAUAUUAAGAUGCAUCAUGCACACACUAACGUCAUUGGACUGGGGGACUCCAGUGUCUGGAAAGUCCCCUUCCUACCUCGUAUGGUCUACCUGUUCAUAGCCCCCCUAUCUGUGCCCCUCAUCACUCCUCUUGUUGCCCUCGCACAUCUUAAAGGACAUUCUUCAUUUGCGGUGGCUCGGACGCUCCUGAUGAUAGCACUAGGUCUGUAUUCGCAGUACUGGCUGCUCAUCAAUGUAUCCGGCUUCAGGUCGACGCAGGGAGCCUUGUUCUGCAUGUUGGUGAGCAGAGCCAUGUUCUCUGUGCCGUACAUCCACGUCAACAUUUUUCAGCACAUUGGUCUGCCCAUGUUCUCCCCAACAAGCCGGCCGAAGAGGAUUUACCAGAUGACCCAUGGAGUGCUGAACCUUCCCCGUAACCCUCUGCUGGACUGGAUGUUUGGACACUCUCUGAUCAGCUGCCAUGUAGAGCACCACCUCUUCCCUUUUCUGUCUGACAACAUGUGUCUAAAGGUGAAGCCAGUUGUAUCCAAGUACCUGACUGAGAGGAAACUUCCAUAUCAGGAGGGCUCCUACCUGUCCCGUCUGCACCUGUUCUUUAACAAAUACCAGGAGUUAAUGGUAUUUGCUCCGCCCAUCACAGAGCUGGUGGGAGUCCAAUGAUGGAGCGAAGGGGCUGGAGCUAGUUGGACUGAGACUUUUCAGCUUACAUCAUGCCUAUAAAAAACAGCCUUUAAAACACAAGGCAUUAGAUACAUUUGCACUGUAGAGUUUAAAUGAUGAGAGAUGGUUUUUAAAAUGUUAAUCUUCUUUAGGCUUACAUGUUAGCAGAUGAUUGAAGCACUAACACAUAGAUUUAACCAAAAACAUGUUCUCCAAUCAGGAACCACAAAGAUUUUUCUACUGAUUUGUUUUCUGUCUCAUGAAGGCUCUUUUCUUCAUCAUCAUCACCAUCAUCAUCUUCCCCUUUUACCUCCAAAAUACAGCAUACACUACCUCAGCUCAAGUUGGAAAAUCAUGCAUCUGCAACAAAUUUACUAAAGGCGAUGAUUUUCCUGUACAUUUAUCAGGCGAAAUUGGAAAAGUGUGUGAUGAAGAGUGAGCAUGGAACUAAAUUUUCUGUAAGCUAAAAGCACAAAACUUUUCCAGACUGCAGAUAUAUAUUUUAUUGCGUUAAAGACACACAAAAAUUGUCGGCAAGACAAAAAUGCCUUAUACUAUAUGCUUUUUUUGCCUUUUUGAAUGGAAUAAAGCCAAUAAGUUAAAAACUUGUCAACUAUCUAAUGUUUUUGAGCCAAUAACUUAUUAAUAUCAUUGCCCUUCAGUAUAAAAGGUUAGUAUGACAUACACUUUAUUGUAAAUAAUCAAAGAUUCCUUUCAUUUUUAACUUAUCUGCAGCUUAAAAGCAUUAAUUUCGAAGAACUGCAAUUAUAUGUAUAUCUUUUGACAUAACUGGCAAAGAUUAUUAGAGUUUUAAACCAUUUUUUGCCAGCGACAAUGGAAUAAAAUCUUACAUUAUUGGCUAAAUGUUAUUAUACUGGUGCUAAAAUGUUAUUAUAUAAUUGGUAAGGUAUUUUCUUUAUUUUCUUUAUUAUUUAACAGCCUUCAGAAGUGGAAUGGUUUCUACUUUCAUGUUAUUUUUUUAUGGGAAGUAAAAGGUUUCCACAAAUUCUGUUGAAAAUGGUUAAUCGGAUCUUUUUCUAUCCUUCUAAACUUUAACUGUGUGAAAUAAUCCUAUAGUGGGAGGUCCUGAAAUGCUAUUUCCAAGGAUUAGAAGAUCAGAGUCAGGAUUUUACGGUCAUAUGCUGAAACUUUUAAAGUUUUAACCCAGUUAGAGCUCAGAUGUCAGACAGUGUUUAAUGCAACCGGGCUGCUUUUAUGAUUUGUGGAGUCUGUUUACCCAUUCUCUCUACGUUCUUGUUAUUUCCUGUCAUCUGUGAAUGAGUCUCUGAUUUUAGAAUGAAUAAACUGAAAGAUUUUUUUCUGUCUUUUA